AUGUGGGAUGCGUUGAGCGAUUGGCGGAACAAGUUUUCGUUUGUUGAUGGAAGAAUGGAAGUCCCUGAUGAAGAUGAUCUCAAUCAGAAGGAAUGGGAACGAUGCAACAACCUUGUUCACUCUUGGAUAAUGAACUCAGUUUCAGAUUCAAUCGCACAAGGUAUUGUGUUCUUUGAGAACGUUGUUGAUGUGUGGUGCGAUCUGAAAGAACAAUUCUCUAAAGCUGAGAAUCCAAAACUCAGGCAAGAAUCCAAAACUGUAACUGAUUACUUUGGUUUAUCUACCUCUGGCUGGCUUGAAUAUCAAUUAGUUGCUUGGAAACUAUGA